AUGGAAGAGGGUAUUCUGCGCAUCUGUGAUAACGAUACCUACUUGAGGAUAUCCCUCUGUGAUCUGAAAUACGUAGAUUUAACUGACAUUUUAUCUACUGGACCGCUAGAUUGUGGUGAUAAAGUCUUACGACGAAGCCUUGCCACCGUAGUGAACUGGAAUAUCUACCUUGCAACCGGUGUAAAAACGCGUCAAAAACGAAUGAUGAACGGUACGCCGGUGAAAAAAGGAGACAUGAAGUAUGCAGUGAUGUUGGACAUUGGAAACGGCAAGUGUUUGUCUCCGUUUGAACGACCAAGAAAAGACUUAGUGAUCUCUGCCAGUGAUGGAGCUAAUAUAGUGUAUGUGCACUACGGUGGACACUGUGUGGUGGUAAAGCCCGAUGGGCACUGCCCAGAAGCUGAGGUAGCGAGGAGAGUCAAAGCAAUUCAGAUGAUAGUUCCCGCCCGUUACUUCAUGUCCAAGUGCCGAUCUGGCGACAUCGCUAUUGUUGAGUUAGAGACCGCACUUCCCGAGAGUACCGACUAUUACGACAUCGCUUGCCUGCCUACUAGGAGAGUCAAGCUCAGUGGACGUAACCUCACUUCAGCAGGUUAUGGGUAUGACCCAGAUAAUGUGGCUGCUACGGAGAAGCACAUGGAGAAGAUCAUAUACUCCAAAGAGCCAUUCUGCGAUCCGUCUAUCAAAGUCGGUAAGGAUGCGUUUUGCGUUGUGGAAAAGGGACAGUUCGCCUGCAAGGGCGACAGCGGUAGCGGAGUGAUGCAGCCGGCCAAUAAGCUGCGGGAUUACGUGAUGGGGGUGCUGGCCAUCGGUCUCAAUUGCAACGAUGUCCAGGUAAGGCGAACAAAACGACUCGCCGUGUCAGCUGUUUUCAGUGUGGGAAAACUGAUUGUGCAAGCGUCUGGAUAUGUUUGUGGACAUGCAUAUGGUAGAUUUUCUAAGAAACCAACACCGUUUGUAUCCUUCAACUCAGCCGAAAUAUAA